AUGCAUCAGCAGCAGCCACAUCCACCUCGACCUUCCGAUCCGGCAGUAAUGGGGCGUAAUGCAGCUAUUCAAGGGUAUUAUCCGGGGGUUCAAUCUCAUGCUGGUGGUGCAGGUACACCAUCCAUGAACCAACCACCUCUUCCACGACAAAGUGGUGCAAUCCCGCUUCAGCAUCCUCCUGUUGUUGGCAAUGUUCAAUCAGCUUCCCCUACUCCACAACAGCCUGCUCUCCAAGCACAAAACAACCUGCCUCUUCAACCACAGGCAAUACCAUCAGCUUCAAUGGAUACGCUAUCUUCAUCGAUGGGCGGCAUGAGUUUAAGAGAACAGCCUAACGCCAUUAGACCCGGUCGCUCCAAACGUGUAUAUGCACCAAUGGCAGGAGUCUCUGGAUAUCCAACACCACCUAGUAGCAAUUAUCAACAACCACCACCUAAUCCAGGCACAUCAGCACCAACAUCUAGUUACCAACAACAACAACAACAACAACAACAACCAUCCACACCUCCAAAGCCUAAACCCAAGAUUGAUCCGAAUCAAAUCCCAUCACCUGUCGAGAUUCAAUUACAAGAUGAGCAGAUGUAUCAGCAUGAGCCUUAUGGCACUUGUUCUCAAUCUCCACUUCCUCUAUCAACAACUCCUUUCCAUACCAUCGAUCAAGGCAAUUGUAAUCCAAGGUUCUUACGUACUACUCUCAGGGAGUUUCCAUAUACACCAGAAUUGGAUCGUGAUACCCAUUUGCCAUUUGGUCUUGUUGUCCAGCCACUGGCACCAUUGCAUCCAAAUGAUCAACCUAUUCCAUUGGCAGGCGUCACUAAUGAGGAUGGCCCUAUACGUUGUAAUCGUUGCAAGGCUUAUAUCAAUCCGGGAUGUCAAUUCAUUGAUGGUGGCCGCAAAUUUGUAUGCAACUUGUGUGGUUUCACUAAUGGAGUGCCUGAGGAUUACUUUUGUCAUCUUGACAUGUCCGGCCAACGUAUGGAUCUUGAUCAACGACCCGAAUUACGACUUGGAAGCGUUGAAUUUGAAGUACCAAAGAUUUAUUGGAAUCGGGAACCGGUGCCUUUGCGGAUUCUUUUUGCAGCCGAUGUUUCUUACAGUGCAGCACGUAGUGGGAUGCUUGAAACAUUUUGCACCACCUUGCAGCAAAUCCUGUACUCGAAAAAGGCUUCUCUCCCAGCUGGUGCACGUGUGGGGAUUAUGACGUUUGACACAGCGGUCCAUUUCUUCAAUCUAUCGUCAACGUUGGAUCAAGCCCAAAUGCUCGUUGUGCCCGAUGUGAAUGACAUGUUCCUACCGCUUUCACAAGAUGCCAUUUUCGUUGACCCACACGAAUCAAGACAAGUGAUUGAAAGUUUGCUUUCCAAUCUACCAACGUUGUUUGCUGAGAAUCGCGCACAGACCGCUGCAUUUGGAUCUGCGAUCAAAGGCGGAAUGUUGUCAAUGCAAUCCACGGGCGGCAAAUUGCACGUGUUCCAAACAAUACUACCAACUACAGGCGUAGGAGCAUUGAAGAAUCGAGACAAUCCAGCAUUGUAUGGGACUGAUAAGGAAAAGCAACUUCUCGUUCCACAAGAUACACUCUACAGCACGAUAGGCAAAGAAUGCGUCGACCUUGGCAUAUGUGUGGAUACUUGGUUUUUCCCAAUGAACGCUUACGUGGAUGUCAGCACGCUAGGUUCGCUCUCUGCAAUGACUGGCGGUGAAUCUCAUUAUUAUGCAAACUACAACAAAUCAAAGGAUGGAUUGGCGUUUACAAACAUGCUCAAUCACAGUCUUACUCGUGAACAAGGAUACAACGCUGCAUUACGCGUGAGAUGUUCAAAUGGUUUCACAAUUGAUGAGCAAUAUGGCAACUUCUUCAUGAGGAACAGCACAGAUGUGGAGCUUGCCGGUAUUGAUGCUGACAAAGCUGUUGCUUUCACGCUUCGACAUGAUGGCAAGGUGGAUGAAGGCGAAGCUCACUUGCAAUGUGCAUUACUUUACACCACAGCGAAUGGCCAUCGUCGAGUACGCAUCCACAAUAUUCGGGUACCUGUGACAUCCAAUAUCAGCAACUUAUUCAAGCAAGCGGAUCUAGAUACCAGCAUGAAUAUUCUCGCUAAGCAAAUAAUUUCACAAGCGGGAAAGAAGUUACCACAAGACAUGAUGACCCAACUAGAUGGCGAAUGCGUUAGGAUCUUGGCUGCUUAUCGAAAGCAUUGUGCAUCAUCAGCGUCACCAGGACAGCUUAUUUUACCCGAAUCUUUCAAAGUGCUUCCUCUGUAUAUGCUAGGACUCAAAAAAUCGGCAGCUUUGCGAAGAGAUACUACCUUGUCAAGCGAUGGUCGUGCGCAUAAUUUGAGGAGAGCAAAGUGCAUGGGCGUAGGCUCAAUGGCUCGUUGGCUUUAUCCACGGAUGGUGCCAGUACACAUGUUUCUUCUUAAUGACCAAAGUGGGAUACCGCUACAACGACUAUCGUACGACCGUCUGGAAUCCAAUGGGGUAUAUCUCAUAGAGGGACCUGAUGCCACUUUUGUCUGGAUCGGUCGCAGCACCUCUGUAGAACUGCUACAAGGGUUAUUUGGAAAGUGUGAUUUGAGCGAGGUGGAUACCCAGCUGACGCAGGUACCACAUCUCGACAAUCCAUUAUCCCAAAAAUUUACAGCGUUGAUGGAAGAAAAGGCGACAAAGGCAUUGCGUAUUGUAAGACAAGGAUUGGAUGAUGAACGGGAUUGCAUGAAUGCAUUGGUGGAGGACGCAACCUUCAAUCAGCUGAGUUACGUGGAUUACUUAUGCAUGGUACACAAGCAAAUACAAAACGAGAUUGAACGAGAGAAACAUGAAACCUUUGUGACGAAUGCAUCAUAUUGGGCCUAUCGAUAUUAG